UAAUUCUUCAAAAUCUGUUCUUUCAUUUUUCCUUUUAUUGUUUGUCUUCUCUGUAAGUGUUCAUAAUCUGUUCGUUUCUCAGCAGCCAACUUUUUUAGUGAAGUACAGAGAGAGAUUAAUCUCAAGUCUCAACUAAAAGAGGGUUUUUAAUUGAAGCUGGAUUCUUGAGUUUUACAGAGAAAUCCAGAGAGAUUAAGAAGAACAUAAAUUAAGAUGAAGUUUGGGAAAGAGUAUGUGGGGCAGAUGAUUCCAGAAUGGCAACAAGCUUACAUGGAUUAUGCUAGUCUCAAAUCCAUUCUUCAAGAGAUCCAAAAUUCCCGGAAAAGAUCAGAUAAAUCAAGUACCUUAAAACGCAAGCAAGCUGUCCACCACAACUUUAGCGGUCUGACAAAGCGUUACAGCCGCGCCGCUUCUUCAUUAGAACUCGAAAACCAGGAUAUUCUGGUGAGUAAAGCGAUUGGGGAUGAUGGGUUUGAGAGAUACGAGACGACUAUCAUGAAAGUUGCAGAAGAAGGGAGAGAGUCAGAGUUUGUCUUCUUUAAAACCCUAGAUCUCGAGUUCGAUAAAGUGAACCAUUUUUACCGGUCUAAAGUGGAGGAAAUGGUGAAGGAGGCAGUGGUUUUGAACAAACAAAUGGAUGCUCUGAUUGCUUUCAGAAUCAAAGUCGAUCAACCUUCUUCUUCUUGGAGCUGCACUGAAACAGUAUCAGUCGAUAUGAAUGCAUUAAAUCCUAAGAAACAGAGGAAGACAUUAGGUGAUGAGAUGGGAAUCGAAGUAGAGGAAAAUGGAUCCAACGGUGGGGAUUCGACGAAAGAAAGUGUACCAGAGGUUUUAAGUGUUCUUGAUCGUAUCAGAUUAAACAAAACUCAAGAAACUCCUCUGUCCACAAUUAGAAACGUCCUCAAGCUCUCAAACCAGGAAGAGCUCAAAUUCACAAGAGAAAAUCUCAAGAAAAUUGAAGAACGGCUUAAGAAUGUCUUCAUCGAGUUUUAUCGCAAGCUUCGACAUCUCAAGAAUUACAGCUUCUUGAACACCUUAGCGAUUUCAAAAAUCAUGAAGAAGUAUGAUAAGAUUGCUUCAAGAAGUGCAGCAAAACAAUACAUGGAGAUGGUAGAUAAGUCCUACCUCACUAGCUCUGAUGAGAUCAACAAACUUAUGGUGAGAGUUGAGUCUAUUUUCGUCGAACAUUUCGCCAGUUCGAAUAGAAGCAAAGGAAUGAAUCUCUUAAGACCAAAAGUGAAGAAAGAAAAACAUCGGAUAACGUUUUCCACUGGCUUUUUUGUUGGCUGCUCAGUCUCUCUAGUGAUUGCUCUUGGUUUGUUCAUCCAUGCUCGUAAUAUAAUGGACGCAGUCGGACAAAAACUCUACAUGGAGACAAUGUUCCCGCUUUACAGUUUGUUUGGAUUUGUGGUUGUGCACAUGAUCAUGUAUGCUUCAAACAUAUACUUUUGGAAGCGAUAUCGAGUGAAUUACCCGUUCAUAUUCGGAUUCAAAGAAGGAACAGAGCUUGGUUAUAGACAGGUUCUGCUACUAAGCUUUGGUCUCGGCACGCUUGCCUUAGCUGCUGUUCUAAUAAACCUGGACAUGGAGAUGGAUCCUAAUACUAAUGACUACAAGACAAUCACUGAACUUCUUCCCCUUUUUAUUGUUGGUCUAGUGAUAGCUAUUUCUAUCUGUCCCUUCAACAUUUUCUAUCGGUCAAGCCGCUUCUUUUUCCUUAUGGUUGUAUUCCGCUGCAUUGCUGCACCGCUCUACAAGGUUAGUCUUCCGGACUUUUUCUUGGCGGACCAAUUAACAAGCCAGGUUCAAGCACUAAGGAGUCUGGAGUUUUACAUUUGUUACUAUGGUUGGGGAGACUUCAGGCUCAGACAGAACACCUGCAGAUCAAGCGAUGUAUACAGCACAUUCUACUUCAUUGUCGCUGUGAUUCCUUACUGGUCACGUUUCCUUCAGUGUGUUCGAAGAUUAAUAGAAGAGAAAGAUUCAAGCCAAGGCUACAAUGCUCUCAAGUAUUUAUUGACCAUUGUCGCUGUGUGUUUGAGAACAGCUUAUAGCCUUCACAGAGGAAACGUCUGGAAAAUCGCUGCAUGGGUUUUCUCGGCCUUGGCAACUUUUUACGGCACAUAUUGGGACAUUGUGUUUGACUGGGGAUUGCUUCACAAUCCAUCUAAAAACUGGUUGAGAGAGAAGCUUCUUGUUCCUCACAAGGCCGUCUACUAUAUUGCAAUGGUCGUAAACGUUGUGUUGAGAUUGGCGUGGUUGCAGACUGUUCUGGAUUUCAAUUUCUCGUUCUUGCAUAGAGAAACAAUGGUUGCUCUUCUUGCUAUUCUGGAGAUCAUACGCCGUGGUAUCUGGAAUUUCUUUAGGUUAGAGAACGAGCAUUUGAACAACGUGGGGAAGUUCAGAGCAUUCAAAUCAGUUCCAUUACCAUUCAACUACGAGGAAGAGGAAGACUCUAGAUGAUUAGCUAUUUAGAUUUGGUCUACUAGAUUUUCCAGUGUAAAAGUUUCAAUUUUGUUAUUGGGUUAUCGUUGUGCUCUCUGUUGUGACAUUUGAGGAAACCAAAAGCAACUAAAAAUGCCAUGGUUCCAGUCACAAUGUGCCCAUAUCAGAUUCGAAACCAAGAUUAGUCCAUAGACAUACCGGAUAAAUAAAACAAGAA